AUGCUGGACAUAAAGGCUUGGGCUGAGAAUGCUGUGGAAUGGGCUGCCAAGGACCGGUGUGGCUUCCUUACCACCAUUGUUUUGGUUCUCACGCCACUGUUCCUAGCUAGUGGUCUUCUGUCCUGGAAAUUGGCCAAGAUGAUUGAAGCCAGGGAGAAAGAGCAGAAGAAACAAAAGCAUCAAGAAAAUAUUGCAAAACUUAAACCACUAAAAAAGAUUGAAGAGCCAGAACACCACUUACUGGGCACCAUAAUUUUUGUACUUCUGAAAGCUGUCAUUUUCUUAAAGGAGUUAGGAAAAGUAACAUCAUCUAAAGAUUGCAGUGAAGAUGCCAAGUGA